AUGAGAAAAGCUGCUAAAAUCCUGGCCUCCUUCAUCAAACCGAACCAGUUGUUUGGGGCAGAUGAAGUCAUUCCUCGAGAAGUUCUUCUCAACGCCAAGGGAUUGGCAGUAAUCACCGUUCUGAAAGCCGGAUUUCUUUUCUCUGGCAGAGCCGGCUCGGGUGUCGUGGUCGCCAGAUUGCCCGACGGCUCGUGGUCUGCCCCUUCUGCUAUCGUUACGGCAGGUGCAGGUGUUGGUGGACAGGUUGGAGCCGAGGUCACCGAUUUUGUUUUCAUCCUCAAUACCACGGCUGCCGUUGAAUCCUUCGCUCAAUUCGGCUCGGUCACUUUGGGUGGAAAUAUUUCCGUUGCAGCAGGUCCUUUGGGAAGAAAUGCAGAAGUGGCAGGCUCUGCCUCAUUCAAAAACGUUGCUCCGGUGUUUGCUUACUCCAAAACAAAAGGUCUUUUCGCUGGCGUCUCGGUUGAGGGCUCGGUCCUUGUUGAAAGAAGAGAGGCUAACAGAAAAUUCUAUGGUGACAUGUGCAAGGCCAGUCAAAUCCUGGGAGGCCGUGUGAGACCUCCUCCAGCUUGCGAGCCUCUCAUGAGAGUGCUCAAUAGCAGAGCAUUCACUAGAGCAAGUGCCAAUGGUGAAUACUAUUCUGACGACGAAGACUACUAUAACGAUAUUCCUUCGGAAUUCAGCUCAGAGGCAUCCUCCACCAGAUACAACUCGCGCAGAUCUUAUGGCUCGGAUGAUGAGGAAUACUCGGAUGAAGAUUCGCCCCGUUCGUACUACCAUCGCUCUACCCCUGGAACCACGCCUUCGCAUUCAAGAAAGCCAACUUCUUGGGAAGAUGACGUUUAUGAUAGAUACGAUAGAAACAAAUCAUCGAAAGCGGAAGCCAGAUCCGCAGGCUACAGGCCAAAAUCAGAGAAGCCUGAUUUCGGCUACGGGUCCGCUCGCGGAAGCUCAGGAUCAUCAGGGUCUAGAAAAGCUAUUGCUCUUUACACAUUUGCAGGAGAGCAACAGGGCGAUCUUGGGUUCAAGAAAGGAGACGUGAUAACUAUUAUUCAAAAGUCAGAUUCAACGGAUGAUUGGUGGACAGGCAGAAUUGGCACUAGGGAAGGCAUCUUCCCUGCUAAUUAUGUUGAAUUGGUGUAA